AUGUCUCAAGAAAUAACUAAAGAUCCGUUCGAAUUUUGUGAUUCACCAUCACCAGCACCCAAUGAUGAAUGCAAUGAUAAUCAGAUGAACAACAAACUGAAUUUAUUAUUAGCAAAGAUUGAACGAAUUGAUAAGAAUGUUUUGAAGUUGAAUCAAUUAGUAGAUAUGUUAAUAUCAAAAGAAACAAUAAUGGAAAUGACAUUAAGUAGCAUAAAUACUGAUUAUAUUCAUACAAGAGAAAUUGUUCAUAAAACAGAAACAUCAUGCUCGAAAAUAUUGAAUAUUAUUGAAGAGCGAGCAUUAUCAUAUGAACGAGCAAUUGAAGAUGCUGCAGAACAAAUUCAAACAAUUACAAAAAAGGUUUCUGAUCGUAAUUUUAAUCAAACAGAUCAUAUUGAUGAAAAUUGUACUAAUUUAACAACAAUGGUUGAUAAUGAUAAUAUUUAUCAGAACAUCAACUUAAACAAUGACGAAUGUACUACAGUACGUGAAGAAAUUUGA